CCAAAAACAGUCCACCGCCGUUUACAUUCUUCCGCACAAAAAUCCCAACGGCGUAACGAGAGAGCCAUAUAUAGCCUCUGCGAACCUGCAGCCAUGCUCCGUCGCAUCCGCAUAAGACUCAGCCUAGCUCACUCCCCACGCCGCACUUCAUCCUCGGCAGCGUUUGCUCAUACCCUCGAAGAGCAGCACACAAUACCAUACGGUGUUGCGUACGGCGCAGGGCCAUCCAGGAUACCCUACCAGCCUCCGAGCUACUCAUUUAUGGGCCGAGCACAAGGUCAUGAAGCUGCCAGAUUUCUGCGAGAAAAGCUGAGCUCCUUGUCUCAUGGCAGUUAUGCCGCGCCCCAAGCUUUUGCGGCGUCACUUGUCAGGUCGAUAGAGGGCGCAGCGGAAAAAACUCAAAUAAGGACAAAUGAGCUUGUUCCUUCAUUGUCGCGUCUCGAGCUGCAUACAAUCGUGCAUCACCUGAUCCGGGAGAAAAAAGGCAAUCUCGCGUCGGCCAUUGUCCUUCAGGCGUUGCAGAGUGCUCCGCGGAUGGCUCGUCGUCGGAUCGUUAGCCCAAAAACACUUCGUAUCUUGUUUGGGAACCGCUCCAUUUUCCACAUGAGCAAAGCGUCGUCUAAACGUCGAGCGAUUGCUCCCAACCUCCAGCCGACGGUCGCCGAGCAAAGGUCUCCCCCGCCUGCUUCUCGUCUUCAAACCUUGCUUGACAUCCUCGACAUACUUCAAGACGUGCGCUACUCCCGAACGCCAGAACUAUAUGAACUUAUCAUUUCUUCAUGUUGUGACGAGGGACAGCCACAUUUAGCAGCCAAGAUCUACACUGGUCUUGUUGAGGAGUGGGUCACAGAAGGACGUGUAGCAGAAGGUGCGAACCCGGAAGAAUUCCAUCCUGGUGGUGGACCUCCCAGAGGAUGGAAGAAGGGUGAUGGUGGAAGGUGGUGGACAGGUGUACGAACGUGGCGUUGGCCAGGUGAAGUCCUUUCACCCCACGAUCGUCUUGAUCUUUGGCAUCCGCAGCAGCUCGCCUUGCCCGAAAAGAUGCGCAACUUUCCUGUACCUCUCGCUACAUCCCCACCAUCCGUCGUACCCGCUCCACACUCUUCACUCCUAAACAACAUUGUCAACUCUCUCCAACUUGACCCUUCCAAAACCUCCCCCCACGAAUUUGCCUCUUCUAUGCGCGCCCUUGCCAUCUUGGCAAACACUGUACUCUCGCGUACACUCCCCAUCUUGGCUCUUGGCCCACUGCUCAAAGCAUGUCAUACCGCGCCGUUCAAGCCGGACGUUUACCCGGAGAGUAUGCAGGACAAGCCCGAGAAGGAUGAAUGGGCUUACACUGCGUUCACGCAGAUGCAUGUAAUGUUGAUGAGUUUGCUUUGGAGUCCACCCAUCUCGGCGGAGAGCAUGCGCUUGAUCGCGGCAGCUCAAACUGCGGAAAAAGCGAGAACCCCAGGUCUACCAAUGCCCGAGUCCAAAGAAACCGCCGUGGCGGUCACUCCUAUCCCGACCUUGCCCCUAGACAGUCCUUACAAACUCCCCCCGCUGACACUCUCAUCAUGCAGUAUCCUCCUGUCCUAUGCUUUCCGCAUUCUCAAGGCGCCCAACCUACUGAACGCGUUGAUGUUGUACAUGAAGAGUGUGUUCAAGCUGGGGAAAAGCAGCCCGUCAAAUUGGAAUAUUAUCCUAGGAGGCGCGUCAAGGCUGAGGGAGAACAAGUUGGCAGAUGAUGCUGGAAAGAUGUUGUUUGGAAGUUUAGGCAAUGUGGAUAGGGUGGAUAAGAGAGAAUUCUUCUCCAAAAGCAAAGGAGAAACCGUCGGUAACAAGGUUCAAUUUGAUCUGGCUUUAUCAAACGAGGAUGGUGAAGAACAGGGCGCAAGCCCAGAAGCCAACGAAUCGUCCCUCCUCGCGCUCAUCUCCCACCUUACCGCAUCUUCCCAAUUCUCUCGCCUCACAUCUCUUGUGUAUACCCUUAUACCCUACCUCGCUCACUCGCGUGGCCCCGCCACUGUACCCUCAUCAGACGAUCGUGGAUCUCAAGGUAUCGAAAUCGGCGAGAAUGGUCGUCCAAGAUCGGUACGCUUGACACCUCACGUAUGGGUAGCUCUUCUUCGAGGGAUGGAGAAGGCCGGCAAGACCGGUCUCGGUCAGAGACUUUACAAUGUCGGGCUGUAUGAGGAAGGUGUCGCGUGGAAGGAGAUGGUGGAGGAACAUCCAGAGUUGUCUGUGCUUCCUUCUACCCUCCGACUUCCACAAGAAUUCUUUACCACCGUCCUCCUUCUUUUCUCGCAACAUUCCUUCUUCCCUUCAUCUGGGAAGGCCUCGGUCAUCAAGGGUCUUCGUCUCCCGCGAGGUUCUGAGCGGCUUGCUCCCGAUCUGGCCGUUGGUCUCUUGGGCAUAAAGGUGCAUGAAACCGUCAAAGGCCGAUGGGAAGAUGGAUGGGUAGAUGAGAGCGAAAUGGAAGGUAUCAAGGGGCAAAAGUACUUUGAGGCAUUGAUCAAGUGCUCCUGGAAGCGUUGGGGUUUGGAUAUGCCGGAAAAAGCAUUGAGAGAAGGCGUUGGAAAAGAGAUUGUGGGUGUGAUAAAGGAUAUGGAAGCUUGGGGCGUGCAGGUGCCAGAAGUAUUGGUGGCAAGGUUCAAGGGAAAGAGGGUUGAUGUCAGGGAUGGAUUCUGGGGGAUUGAAGAGAUGAAGUGGUGUGGAAAGACGGAGAGUAAAGAGGAAGCAGCCAAGUUGUUGAAGAAGAUCAUGGGAGAAUAGAUUUUUCUUUUAUUGGGUGUAAUAAUGGAUUUCACAUAGCAUGGAUGGCAUCUAGCAUAGUAUUGAUUAAUUGGAAGCAAA